AUGGACUCAAAAGUUGUACUCAAGGAGAAGAAUCCACACGACAAAGCGAAUAUUGUAUCGAAGAUUUUUCUAUGUUGGAGUCUUCCAUUAUUCUAUAGAGGCUACAAACAUGGUAUUAACGUGGAAGACUUGUGGCAAGCGCGCGAAAUCGAUCAUUCAGGUAAACUUGGUGAUCGCCUCGAAGACGCUUGGAAUAAGGAACUCCGAAAGUCCCGUACAAAUAACACGAAGCCGUCCCUACAAAGGGCUUUAGUUUCUUGUUUCUGGUUGGAAUACAUGUUAAUAGGAGUACUAGUUGGUGUCCUCUUUAUUAUAUUAUGGCCCAUGAUUCCAUUUAUCUUAGCUUUAUUUAUAGGAUAUUUUUCUGGUGAGAAAACACCGGAGACGUACAGAGAUGCUCACAUAUACAAUUUCCUACUAAAUUUCGUAACAGUUAACACGGCGUUAUUUCUAUGCCAUUCACAAUUGGGACAAAGUUGCACGGGUAUGCGCGUUAGGAUAGCGUGCUGUUCUUUAAUAUACAGAAAAAUUCUGAAAUUGAACCGAAGCGGUCUAAGCAACACUGAACCAGGUCAAGUGAUAAACUUAAUGUCCAACGAUGUAAACCGUUUCGAUCUCGUCGCUAUGUUCCUGCACUAUAUCUGGGUGAUGCCAAUUGUGGUGAUCGUUGUGUCAUAUUUGGUGUGGCAACACAUCGCUUGGGCAAUGUUUGCUGCCCUCGGCGUCAUAUUCGUGCAAACUAUAUUUAUCCAAGCGUACUUAAGCAACAGACAAGGGGUUCUUCGAGGCAAAAUAGCCAAAAGAACCGAUGAAAGAGUGAAAGUUAUGAGUGAACUCGUUAACGGUGUUCAAGUUAUAAAAAUGUACGCAUGGGAGAAACCUUUCGAGAAAUUGGUUGCUACCCUCAGAAAGUACGAAGUGAAGUUUAUUUUGCAAACAUCGUUCAUAAAGGGCUUCUCGACGGCGCUAACCGUUUUCACGGAACGAUUUAUUCUGUUCGCCGCUGUCGUUGCCUUUGUCGCUAUGGGAGGUGACAUACGAGCGACCAUCACAUUCUCGCUCGUACAGUACUAUAACUUAUUACAAUUGGCCUGCAAUAUAUUCUUCCCGCUUGCGCUUUCCUGUCUCGCCGAAGCCAAAGUUUCCGUGAGGAGAUUAGAGGAGUUUUUAAGCUUAGACGAAUUAGAGACUCCGGAGAAGCAACCGGAUGCAAAAUUCCUUAACGGCAACGCCAUUUUAAACGGGAGUGAUAAAGAGAAGGAAAGCUUGAAAGAGAAAAGCCACUAUACCGGUCUGGUCCUCUCCGACGUCACAGCGAGUUGGCAACCUAACCCUAUCGUAAAAACAUUACGAAAUAUCUCCAUCACAGCUGCACCUGGAGAAUUCGUCGGUGUCGCUGGUCUCGUCGGGUCAGGAAAGUCCUCAUUGUUGCAAGUGAUAUUGGGUGAAUUGAAACCUUCGCACGGUACUGUAUCUUUGGGCGGUGGGCGAAUCGCGUACGCAAGUCAAGAACCGUGGCUCUUCGUCGCCACUGUCAGACAGAACAUACUUUUUGGACUUCCCUACGACAGAGUGCGAUACAAAAAGGUGGUGACCGCAUGCGCACUGUUACGUGACUUCGAGCAGCUCCCGGGGGGAGAUUCUACACUGGUGGGGGAACGCGGUAUCAGUUUAAGUGGGGGACAGCGCGCGCGCAUUGGCCUCGCAAGAGCCUGCUACAGAGAGGCGGACAUAUACCUCUUGGACGACCCGCUGUCUGCCGUGGACACCCACGUUGGAAAACACUUGGUCACCGAGUGCGUUAACGGUCUCCUAAGCCAUGCCACACGUAUUUUGGUCACCCACCAAUUGCACCACCUCAAGAACGCUGAUAAAGUUGUCAUCUUACAUAAUGGCGAGGUCGAGAUACAGGGCUCGUUUGAUGUGGUGUCGAAGACUCCACUAUUCGAAGAGUUGCUAGAAGAAGAAGAACCCGCUCAGGAAGAUUUAAAGAAAACGGAAAUGCAGAGACAACGUACUUUAUCUAUACAGUCACAAACUAGUGUCAAUACAGAGGCACCACAGGAAGCAGAAGAUGAACCGGAGGAAACAGCUGAGCUUAUGGCAAAAGGUCGUGUACCAACAUCCAUCUACAGAAAGUACUUCCACGCCGGUGGUAGCUGGGCACUUCUGAUUUUCACGGUUAUAUUCAUUCUGAUCACUCAAGUUGUCACGUCCGCUGGUGAUCUUUGGUUGACGUAUUGGAUGAACCAAGUGGAAGCAAGACACGCAAGAGAAGCAUCGUUGAUGACAAACGAUCUGGACUUUUUGAACAGCACCAAAGCCAACGACACUGGAUUGUCCACCACAAUAGCGUCCACCAGUGUACCCGAUACGACGAUGAACCCAAACCUUACAAUAAUUGGUACAAUUCUCAAAACUGGGGUUGCCAUACAGAAUAUAACAACGCACGAAGAAACAUUUGACCAUUCGUUCUACAUUUACAUAUGGGCCCUAGCUAUUUUGGGUUGUAUUUUGUUCACAACGGGAAGAUCGCUGGUGUUUCUUUUCGUCUGCAUGCGGAGUUCAAUAAACCUUCACAACAAGAUGUUCAGCAACAUUCUGUCGGCAACGACGCGCUUCUUCGACACGAAUCCAUCUGGACGCAUACUGAACAGAUUCUCCAAAGACAUGGGCGUAGUUGACGAGGUGAUGCCUCGUAUGUUCCUGGACAGUAUCCAAGUUUUCAUGGUGAUGAGUGGUAUUAUAGUUAUGGUGGCUAUCGUGAGCCCUUACAUGCUGCUGACAACAGUUUUCUGCGGUGUCCUUAUGUAUUUGUGGACUAUGAUCUAUCUCGCGACCGCGCAGGCCAUUAAAAGGGUAGAAGGUGUGACUCGCAGCCCAGUAUUUUCACACGUGUCAGCUAGCAUGGCGGGGCUUAGUACAGUCCGUGCAUGCGGUGCGCAAGACAUGCUGCGAAUCCAGUUCGAUAAGAAGCAAGAUGUUCACACAGCCUCUUGGUACUUAACACUCGUAACAAAUACGACGUUUUCGAUCUAUUUGAGUAUGAUAUCCGCAAUUUAUGUUAUCGUCGUCGCAUACACAUUCCUUCUUCUAGAUGACGGUACGACCGAAUCCGGAAACGUUGGUCUAGCUCUUAGUCAAGGUCUGAUCCUAGUAAGCAUGAUGCAGCACGGCAUCAAGCAAACGACUGAAGCAAUAUCACAGAUGAUAAGCGUAGAACGAGUGAUCCAAUACACAAAGUUGCCACAGGAAAAACUGGAGGGGAAAUCCCCGCCAAGAGAUUGGCCCCAGAGGGCCAGGGUGGUCUUCAAAGACCUCUAUUUGAAGUACGACUCGGAGGCAGAACCGGUUUUGAAGAGCUUGAAUAUUGUUAUCGAAAGCGGUUGGAAGGUUGGAGUGGUAGGUCGUACUGGCGCCGGCAAGUCUUCGCUCAUAGCGGCUCUAUUUCGACUUGCUCCAAUUGACGGACAUAUUUUUAUAGAUGAUCUUGACACAGCUGAAAUCGCUUUAAAGGAAUUACGAUCUAAAAUUUCAAUCAUCCCGCAAGAGCCCGUAUUAUUUUCGGCGAGCUUGCGCUACAAUUUGGAUCCUUUCGAUAAAUAUUCGGAUGCCGAUAUUUGGAAAGCGUUAGAACAGGUCGAGUUGAAGAGCAGCGUGACCUCUCUCUCCAGCGCAGUGGAAUCUGGAGGUACCAACUUCAGCGCGGGUCAGCGCCAGCUCCUGUGUUUGGCGCGAGCAGCACUCGCCAAGAACAAACUAAUGGUGCUUGAUGAAGCCACGGCCAACGUUGAUCCCAAUACCGAUGCGCUGAUUCAGAAGUCGAUUCGAAAACACUUCACAAACUGCACCGUUAUUACUGUGGCCCAUCGUUUGCACACCGUCGCCGAUUCGGAUCGUGUUGUCGUCAUGGAAGCUGGUCGCAUAAUGGAAUGUGGUCACCCACAUGAAUUGCUGCAGAAGACAGAUGGCUACUUUACAAAGAUGGUGCAACAACUAGGUCCUGCCUCCGAACAGAGCUUACGAGAACUUGCCAAUACUGCCUAUUUGGAGCACAUCAAAUAUGUUGAUGCGGAUGAACAGACUUAG